GCCAGUGAUCACAGCUGACUAUGACAGCAUGCACAGCGGCAUGUGGGCAGUUGUUUUGGUUAGGUUAGGUUAGGCUGCAUCCUUGGUGAAGUUUACGCUUGUUGUGUUGAUCGUACCUGUGCAAUUAAGCACGGCUUGACGUUGCCCAAAUUCGUUGCGACGAAAAAUUCGAGAAUUGCUGAUUGUAAUUUGCCGAUAUAACGCUGCUGGAACACAGUAGCCUGUCAAAUCUGUCACGUGGCUUACGUUGCCAAGAUCACCGGCAAUAAGAAGCUGUGAAAUAAUGGACAUCCUAGAUGAUAUGGAUAUGUUCGAGGAUAGUCCAAGUGGCAUUGCCCUUGGCAAUCCGUUGGAAAGUGAGUUGCAAGCGAGUUCGUCGACUCAUGCAGAAGUUGCUGAGAGUUCGAAGGAACGUAAUCCUGUCAAGGAUCAUUUAUUAAAACAGUUGAACGAGGUGGAAGAUCGUAUCGAAGGGAAGAAGAAGGAAAUUGAAGAAAGUUCUGCCUUACAAGACAAGAUUCUUCGCAACUUUUCUUCUCGCGCAUUCUACGGAUCGAAUUCGUCCUCUGAUUCGGAUAGCGAUUUAUUUACCAUCACUGGAGAGCCAAUUGUGAAGAGGAGAAAGUCUAAACGAUCGAAAGAACAGCCGCUCAUCGUCAAAGAUACGUGGCAGCAUGUUAUUGAUGAAAAAUGGAUCAUUGGUGUUGUUCUGCAAAAUACAUCCAACCAGAAUCUGUUCGACCUGGACGCGCUCAUCGCCCUCAAAGACGUCCAAGAAGUUCACGGCAUCUCCGCGUUCUGGUCCAAAAGUCCGAAGUCGUUUUGGCGGCGAACCGAUUUCUGUGAGGCAGGAACUUCCAGCGAAAUCGCAGCAACUAUCGUCGUCGACUUGCCUCGGUUCACGGACAGUCCAACCGCCCAAUUGUUCGGCACCAUCACCUACGAGUUGGACGGUGUGCAGAUGCAGACUCUGAUCCCAACGCUCACUCUCGACGUGGACCGCGUCCUAAAAGGUGAUCACGACUUGAACGUCUUCUGCGAAUCCAACGGGGAUGCAAACACCGCUCGCGAUAAAAAAAUUCAGGCAAUACUGGCUGUAAAAUCGAUGUCCAUGGACAAGAUGAUCGACUUCAAACUCAACGAGCCGUUGAUCGAAGACCUCAAAGACCUUCUCGAUAAGAUUGGGUUUACGGAAAUUUUGCCGAAAGUAUUCACCGGUCGGAAUUCUCACAUGGAUCGCUGCAUCUUGGAACUGAAGUCUGUUUCACACCUCAAGUGUCGAAGUGUCAUUUACACCAGAUCCGUAUCGCAGCUGAACAUGCUUCUUCAUUUACUCCGCAAAGAGUUGCCGAAAGAGACGAGCGUCGUUUGCAAAACUAUUGUCGAAGCUGAGGAUGUACUCAAGGCGUUGGAAGAUGAGCUGAAUUCUUAUCUGAAACCAGAGUACGCCUUUGAGAUCCAGAAAGCCAGGGCCAAGUCCGACUUGUUGAUCAAUGAAUUUCAAAACAGUUGCACUAUUCACAGGUUUUCAGAAUAGUUUACGCGAGUUGGGUAUGCUCGUUGAAUAUAUAUCUUCAUGAAUAUGAUUAAUUUUAAGAAUAUUGUCAUACACUUACGAACCUGUUAUGUUUUGGUUCCCUGAACUUGAAAGUUACUCGAAUAAAAGCAGUAAGAAAUAAAUCGAAAUCGGUUAAUUUACGCACUUCAUUUUAGGCAAUUGUAGUUAUUACGUACACGAUACAUUCAAAUUCUUGCGUUUCACUUCUCGUUAUUAUUCCGCAAGACAGUUUUUCAUAAUGCAUCCGCCACCUCAAAACAAUGUUUAAUACCUGAUUUUUUAUCGAGAUAUCAAUUUUGAUAAAACACGGAUCAAUACUGCGAAUAAUUCAGUAGUUGAGAAUGAAAAAGUAGUUUAAAAUCUAUAUGUCAGACGGAUUAUCUCCUGAUUGUAGGCAAUUUUAUGUGCACAUCGCCUGAUCAGAGGCAACUCACAUACUCGCUAAGGCGCCUACAUCCAGGCAGCCGUUGAUACUCGACGAACGUGAACUUAAUUAUAGGCAAUAUAACAUACUCGUGAUUGAAAUCUUAAAAUUCAACACCGCAAAUUUGAUUAACGCAGGUUCUUGUUUUAAAUAACUUGUUUCAGCAGAAUGUGUGUUUAAAAAUAAACUAACGCUAAGCUGAUGGUCUAUAAUUGAAGAGCAAAGGUUUCUCAAGGGAAUGAAUGAAGAGUUUUAUUUUUCCCAAAU